UUCUCUCUCAUCACAUUCUCACCUUUCACACUCCUUCACUUGACUCUCUCUCUCUCUCUCUCUACCAACCUUCUUCUUCUUCAAGAUUCAUACACAAGAAGGCUCCAAAAUAGGGCACCCAUGGCCACUUCUUGGGUCACCCCCAAAUUAGCAGCCACUUCUGUACCUGAGCUGUGCUCCUGCACAAGCACCAACCAAUCAUCUUUGCCUGUCAGGAACGCCUCCAUCACCAAGCGGUCAUCCCAUCAUCACACCGUUCCUCCGCUCACCCACACGACCGUCACCGUUAAAAAACCCGCCGACUCUCCGGCGCACUGGAAUCUCCUUCAGAAAUUCGCCUCAACGGCGUUGGACGCCGUCGAGGCCGCAUUAACGGCGCAGGAGCUGCGUGGGCCCCUCCCGAAGACGGCGGACCCCGCCGUCCAGAUCGCCGGAAAUUUCUCCCCCGUGCCGGAGCACCCCGUCAGCCACCGCCUCCCCGUCGUCGGAAAGAUCCCGGAAACCAUCCAGGGAGUCUACGUCCGUAACGGCGCCAAUCCCCUCUUUGAGCCGCGCGCCGGACACCACUUCUUCGACGGCGACGGAAUGAUUCACGCCGUUAAGUUCGCCGGCGGCGCCGUCAGCUACUCCUGCCGGUUCACGGAAACCGAGCGGCUUGUCCAGGAGCGGGCCUUGGGCCGCCCGAUAUUCCCCAAAGCCAUCGGCGAGUUGCACGGCCAUUCUGGAAUUGCGCGGCUGAUGCUAUUCUACGCCCGCGGCCUCUUCAACCUCCUCGACCACCGCCACGGCGCCGGCGUCGCGAACGCCGGCCUGGUCUACUUUAACGACAGGCUGUUAGCCAUGUCGGAAGACGAUUUGCCGUACCAUGUCCGGAUUACCCCAAAUGGCGAUGUCGAAACGGUCGGACGGUACGAUUUCGGCGGGCAAUUGAAAUCCACCAUGAUCGCCCACCCUAAGGUCGAUCCAGAUUCCGGCGAGCUAUUCGCCCUGAGCUACGACGUGAUUCAAAAACCCUACCUGAAAUUCUUCAGAAUCUCGCCGGCCGGAGAGAAGUCCGAGGAUGUCGAAAUCCCUGUCGCCGAGCCUACAAUGAUGCACGAUUUCGCCAUCACCGAGAAAUUCGCGAUCAUCCCGGACCAGCAGGUGGUUUUCAAGAUGUCGGAAAUGAUCCGCGGCGGCUCUCCGGUGGUGUACGACAAGAACAAGAUGCCGAGGUUCGGAGUUCUCGACAAGUACGCUAAAAACGCUUCCGACAUUAAAUGGAUAGACGUCCCCGAUUGCUUCUGCUUCCAUCUCUGGAACGCCUGGGAAGAUCCCGACAACACCGACGAGGUCGUCGUGAUCGGGUCGUGUAUGACGCCGCCGGACUCCAUUUUCAACGAGUGCGACGAGGGGCUGAAGAGCGUGCUGUCCGAAAUCCGGCUCAAUUUGAAAACCGGCGAGUCAACGAGGAGGUCAAUUCUUUCGGAAAAGGACCGGGUCAAUCUGGAAGCCGGGAUGGUGAACCGGAACCGGCUCGGCCGUCAAACCCGGUUCGCUUACCUCGCCAUUGCCGAGCCGUGGCCGAAAGUCUCCGGCUUCGCCAAGGUCGACCUCGUCACCGGCGAAGUCAAGAAAUUCAUAUACGGCGGCGAAAAUUACGGCGGGGAGCCGCUGUUCCUUCCACGCGGCGCCAAUGCGGUGGCGGAGGAGGACGACGGCCACAUCCUCACCUUCGUGCACGACGAGGCUGUCGGAAAAUCGGAGCUGCAGAUCGUCGACGCCGUCACCAUGGAAUUGGAGGCGCGCGUGAAGCUACCUUCCAGGGUGCCGUACGGUUUCCACGGCACAUUCAUAAGCAGUAAUGACCUGAACAAACAGGCGUAGUGAGAUGUCUUGAUCCAACGGUGGAGAAUUGCCAGAGGGAUGGUCGGCUAUGCGUCCCCGGAAUAUCUCCACCGUCCGUGUAAAGAUUUUGUUUGUUUUGUAUUUUUAGGGAUACCAGCGCGUAGCUUUUUGCUGUAGUUAGCUAAAAAAGACAAAUAGAAGCUCAGCUGGUUUCUCAAUUAUUAUUAUUAUUACAAUUAUUAAGAGUCUUGUACUGUUUGUAAUGUGCUGAGAGCAUUUUAUGUACAGUAGAGAUUAUGCGGUUUUAUACAGUGAGAAUUAUAUGCUGUAUGGUUUUUGUGUAAACGCGUCUCUGUUUUGCCCUGUUUCCAUUCUCUACAGUUUAAUGAGCUGUGUCUUAACAAUAUUUAAUUGUUUGUUAGAAAACUUUCUAUAUUAGUAUGUAUGGUGGCUUGCUUUCCUUUUAAAGUAAUUAAAUGUUGCAGAUAAUAAAUCCAGUGUGUUUGUACUAA